AUGUAUGAUUUCUACAAGAAAUAUGCUUAUGCAUUGGGUUUUCCAAUCAAGAAAAGAAAUUCAAAGAAAGGGAAUGAUGGGGUUUUGAGAUAUUUGACAUUGACUUGUAGUCGUGAAGGCGGAAUAAUCAGUAAUAGCAGUGGUUCUUUGAAGCCGCAUCCAACAGUGAAGAUGGGUUGUAAAGCUAGAAUAUCUGCAUCUUCUGAUACUUUUGGGAAUUGGAGAAUUAACGCUGUAAACCUCGACCAUAAUCAUAACAUAAGUCCUUCUAAAUCCAGAUUAUAUCGAUGUAACAGACAAAUGAGCACACAUGUGAAACAAAAGCUUCAAGUGAAUGAUUUGGCAGGAAUCCCAUUGCAUAAAAGUUAUAAUGCUGUAGUUGUCGAAGCAGGUGGAUAUGAGAACAUGACAUGUAUUGAAAAGGAUUGUCGUAACUACAUAGACCGAGUAAGACGCUUAAGACUUGGAGAAGGAGAUGCAGCAGCGAUUCAAACAUAUUUUUCGAAGAUGCAAGCACAAUGCCCAGGAUUUUAUUUCAGUAUCGAUUUGGACGACGAAUCACGUCUGAGAAAUGUAUUUUGGGCAGAUAAUCGGUGUAGGCAGGCUUACAAGGAGUUUGGUGAUGUUGUUACGUUCGAUACCACUUAUCUGACUAAUAAGUACGACAUGCCGUUCGCCCCUUUUGUCGGAGUAAAUCAUCAUGGGCAAUCAACACUACUUGGCUGUGGUCUGGUAUCGAACGAAGACACAGAUACUUUUAUAUGGUUAUUUAAGACAUGGCUUCAAUGCAUGCAUGGCCAAGCUCCACAUGGUAUAAUUACUGAUCAAGAUAAGGCAAUGCAAAAUGCAAUUCAUAUUGUUUUCCCACAUACAAAACAUAGAUGGUGUCUGUGGCACAUUUUGAAGAAGUUGCCAGAGAAAUUUGGCUAUCACGUGGAUAAGGGUUCGAUAUUCGGGGCUAUACAUGGUCUGGUGUAUGAUUCGCAAUCCAAUGCAGAAUUUGAAGACGGUUGGAGAGCAAUGAUUGAGGAGUAUGACUUACAUGAUAGUGAUUGGUUAUCUGGAUUGUACGAGAAUAGGGGACAUUGGGUUCCUUGCUUCUUGAAAACCACUUUCUGGGCGGGUAUGUCAACUACACAACGAAGUGAAAGCAUGAAUGCAUUUUUUGAUGGCUAUGUGCAUUCGAAAACCUCGUUGAAGCAGUUCGUCGAACAGUAUGAACGUGCUCUUCGGAGUAAGGUUGAGAAGGAAUUUCAGGCUGAUUUUAAGUCAUUUUCGCAGAUGGUGCCCUGUGCAACACAAUUUGAAAUGGAGCAACAGUAUCAAUCAGUUUACACAAUUUCAAAAUUUCGUGAAGUUCAGGCAGAGUUCAUAGGAAAGGUGUAUUGUGAUAUCCUAUCCACUUCUGAAAGAUGUUCCAAUAUAACGUAUGAAGUACGGGAGACCAUUAUGUUUGAGGGCCAUCGGAGGAAAAAGACGUUUAUCGUGGCAUACGAGAGAGAUAAAU